CUUGACAACAUGGGUGGGGUUUUGGCAUGAAAAUUGCCACGAGAUGGUUGUGAACAUGUGACGAGCCAAUGGCUUCCAUUGCCGAUAGCACGCUGGGCUCGGUGUUGAGCAGGGGCUUCGAAACGUAUGCGGCGGGCGACGUGUGCAUUAAGAAACAUCCGAAUGGGCUGUUUGUCGUCACUUUAGCUCCUUCGCACCCUUUGGCGCAACGCGAUGCGCCUGUGGUGACGGAGGUUCGUUUUGGCGCAGACCUCUGUGAGAACGAGGCAUAUGGCAAGCGUUGCCGCGGCGGCGCCAACGUCAACACCAAGACGCUCUUGGCCGAAGUGGUGUCGGAGGCUGGCAGCUACACGAUCCGCAGUCCCAUCGAGGCGCGCUUGGUGGAACUGAAUAGCCUCUUGUCAGAGGAGCCGCAGCUGCUUCAGCAGAGCCCAGAGGAUGAAGGCUUCCUGGCGAUCUUGCAGCCCAAACGACCCCAGGACGCACGUCGAAUCCUGGAGAAGUUGCUCCUGCAAGGCGAUGGGUCCGAUCCAUCGCUGAGUGGCGGUGGUCCAUCAUGGGCGCCUGAGAAGAGAGUGAAAAAGGAGCAUGGACGAAAGACGCUGAAGCUUUCAUUUUUUGCUGCAUGAGAUCCUACCUUCUACAAUUUUUUCCCAGAUGCAAGAUUUACAUACAAAGGAUGCACUAUCGAUCGCGGACGAAGACAUACGAUGUUAGCGUGCGCAACUGAUUUCGUCGAAACAAUUUGCCAUGCUUUGGAUGAUGAACGCGUGUGUGCAUCCAAGAUCUAUCUUUACUAUGUGGUGCAGCCUUUUUCACAGGGCGCAUGCAACGAACUAGUCUUGCCUCACGAGCGAGAAGUUGGGC